GAUCAGUGGGCAAUGAAAGAGUAAACCCUGUAACUUAAAAACAUUAUGAAAUUCCAUUUCUGCCUCUUAAAAACAGGUCUGUAAAGUUUUUUCAUGCUCAGUGCCCUUUUUCUUGAAACUAUGCCUUUUGCUGCAUUGUCUGUUUACUUUUGAGGUGUACGACAAGAUUAACUGCACCACAGAAAUGUACAAAUCACGAAGACAUAAUGAGAGUCUGAAGACUCAGUGAUAACACCUGGUAGUGCUUCCUCAACACUCUGGUUAAUAUUUACCUGUGGUAUAGGGACUAUUUAAAUAACAGUUGAUACCUUGGUAACAAUUUUUGCUUUCAGUAGCACAGUGCACUUGACGUGGUUUCAGAGGUUUCCUGAAGACGCAGGAACAGCUUUUAUAUUGAGGUCAAACUCUUAGGAAAGCUUCUUCUGCAGUUCUCAUUUUUGUCUCAACUUGUUGAAAAUGGCGGGUGUAAGCAGCUGCAUGAAGUACUCCAUGUUCAUCUUCAACUUCUUGUUUUGGCUGUGUGGUUCCAUUAUCUUGGGAGUCUCUAUAUGGAUACGUGUCAGCAAAGAUGCUCAGCAGGAGUUGCAGAUAGAGAGCAACAUGUUUGCAGGGGUUGAUCUGCUGAUAGCAGUGGGCUCCAUCAUUAUGGUCCUUGGCUUUCUAGGGUGCUGUGGUGCCAUCAAGGAGAGUCGGUGCAUGCUGCUGUUGUUUUUUAUUGGACUGCUUCUGAUCCUGAUCCUUCAGAUCACAGGAGGUGUUUUGGGAGCAGUGUACAGAUCUCAGAUUGAAACAAGCUAUAAGGAGACCCUCCAGCAGAAUGUGAAUUCAUUGCAAGGCUCUACAGAAGAAGACAAAACAUUUCAAGAGAGUUUCCAGAAGUUUGAGAACAUGAACCAGUGCUGUGGUUUGCUGAAUGGAGCUGCAGACUGGGGAAAAAAUUUUGGCAGUAAUAUCUGUAAGUGUGACGUACAGACCUCAUCAUCAGACCUCUGCACUACCUAUAAAGGCUAUAACGUUUACAAAAGGCCUUGUGGAGAAGUGAUGCUCGAAUUCAUCAAAAACCAUCUGCUCAUAAUUAUGGGGAUUGCCUUUGGACUGGCUUUUAUUGAGAUUCUUGGUUUGGUCUUUUCUAUGAGCCUCUACUGCCAGAUCCAGAGAAAAUGAAACUGUGGAAGUGUCAGAACGAUGUUACCAGCCAAAUCAAAACCUUUGUAGAUAGAGGGAUAUUUGUCUUGGCACAUUCAUAUGAAUACAGCCAUGUCCCAGGCAGCUGUUCUGACGAAAAUGGCAGCCCUUGUGCACACGGAUGCUUCACAACUUGCAAAACGACCUCCUUAUACUUCAUAAGAUUUAAUGAUGUGAAUGUGAAUUUUUAUUUGCAAUAAACCUCUUUGUUUAUGUU